AUGGCAGACGACUAUCGGGUAAUUCUUGUCAAACUUGCAGAUCGAUUGCACAACAUGCGGACACUUCAGUUUAUGCCAGAGAGGAAGCGCAAGACGAUUGCAGCAGAAACACUUGUCGUGUUUGCACAACUGGCGCACCGCCUGGGCGUUUGGCUGUUUAAAACCGAGCUGGAGGAUUUGUCCUUCAAGUACCUGUACCCGACCGAGUUUCAGCGGCUCGAUAAGCUGCUGAGCAUGAGGCGAGCACAGUACACGUCGACUCUGGCUGCGGCGACGCACGAUUUUUCUGAGAUUCUCAGGCGAGAUAAAAUGUUCAAAGAGCACAACAUCAAGCUGGAGAUCACGGGAAGGGAGAAGGGAAUGUAUUCGCUGUGGGAAAAAAUGCGCAGAAAGACAAAGUACAAGAACAAUAUCGAUAACAUCGAUGACAUCAUUGCAUUGCGCGUCGUGCUGGACAUCCAGCAGCUUGCUGGCGAAAGUGAUGAGGAUUUUGCGAAUCGUGGCGCUGGCUAUUGCUAUCAUGCCCUCACUUUGGUGCGAAAGCUCCCGAACUGGUCAGGAGGCGAUAGUCUAAAGAACUAUAUCGCCUUUCCAAAGCCGAACGGCUAUCAGUCAUUGCAUGUGACAUUUAUUCACCAUGAUGCGCCGGUUCCACUGGAAAUACAGAUUCGAACCCGGCAGAUGCACGAAGUUGCAGAGUAUGGCAUGGCAGCACAUUGGAUAUACAAAGAUGAGCAGCGAGGUGAUGGCGAGCAGAAGAAGUCGAAGAUGCGGAGCCGCAGGGUUGCAUGGUUGGAGUCCCUUGCAGACAAAGACGGAGAUUUACGCAAGGACGCGCAACAGUUUGUGGAGGAGGUCUUGCGCGACGAGCUUGGAAGAAGGUGCUUCGUGUUCCUGCGCGAUGGAACUAUUCUGAACUUGUCAAGAGGAUGCACGGCAUUGGAUGCUGCAUUCAAGAUUCAUUCCGAGGUCGGACUGCACAUGCAGCACGCGGUGAUUAACGACAAGAAGGUGCCACCCUUUUAUCAGCUCCAGAACGGUGACCGUGUCAACAUAGUGACAUCUGACGAUGCUGCUCCGCCCAGAGAGUGGCUAGCAUAUGCCUUUCUUCGAUCUACUCGGAACAAGCUUGCAGCUCAUUUCAGGCGAACGAAGAAGGAGAAGGAGCGUGCCGUCGACCUCGCAGCAGCUUUGGCGACAGCAGCGACGGCGGCAGCUGCAAUUCCUCUUGUGCACUGA